AUGGAUCAGGAGGAUGACUUAAAGAAGAGGAAAGUUAUGUGCUGUUAUGCACUAACACAGUCACAGACAUACAUAUGCGAUCCAUCCAUCAGCGAGGAACUUCCUACUCUCCCGGAGGCUAGGGAAGCGAUCUCUAAGCUGAAGGGUGGGAAAGCUGCAGACAUAUGCGAUAUUCCUGCCCAACUGCUAAAGACUGGGUUACUCUUCAAUCACGUCGGACCGAGACAGGCUAUUAAGCAGGAAUGCCACAGCUGUCUAAAACCGGGCCUAUAUAGGUGUAAUUUAGACCUUAUGAGGGGUAAACAGGGUCUUGAGGUGGGCAGUUAUAUUUGUAUAAGGAGUAAUCUUGACAUAUUGGUAACAGUAACUUACUGGAAGCGCACAGACUUUUCAGAGUGGAUUGUCUUGCAGAUCCAGGAAGCAAGAAGGUUUUAUCGCCGGGCUGACCUCCUUGAGACCAUUCAAGCUGCUCACACACACUAUAAAUGGCACAAAGCUUGGAUGCAGGAGCUGAAGUCAUCUGAGAAUAUUCCUUGUGUAUCUUUUAUAAGCAUUCGAAUAUUCCGAGGUUCAUUGAAAGUUAUCGAAUGCACACCAGACCCCGUAACGAAAGGAAGAUUCAAAGCAUUAACAAAAUCAACAGAAGAACCAAUAACUAUCGAGGGGGAGAGAUCCAUUAGUCUAUCCUGUUGGCUCCUGGUGAAAGGUUGUCUCCGGGUGCGGCGGGUGAAGGGCCUCGGUUUGGGGACUGUUGGUGAAGGAGUUGCUGUUGGUGGCGAAGAGCUGAGGAUACGACUCACAAUGAUAAGUAAACUGGACGAUCUUCUGACGCACAUCGGCACGGGAAAAUGGAGCUACAUGCAUAUCCUCCCCCUCUGCUACUCCUUCUGGAUCGUCGUCAUGCAAGCUAUGAAUGGAGCGUUCAUGGCACCCAAGCUGAAUUUCUCGUGCCGCCCACCCGCCCCCGCCGCCGACAGAGCCACGCCCACCUACGCCCUUAAUGAGACCGGAAUACUCAACAAUGUGACGCAAGAGUGUGCCUAUUCUGCCGAGGACCCUGUGACGGGAGAGGUCGAGGAGCAAACAUGCACCGAGUGGGACUUCGACAACUCCACCUUCAGCUCCACCGUCACGUCGGAGUUCGAGUUGGUGUGUGGGUGGGAGUACCUGCGGGCGCUGUACACGAGCAUCUACAUGUUUGGCGUAUUCUUCGGUUCUCCUUUGAACGGGUUCCUGGCUGACAAAUACGGGCGAAAACCCCUCGUCCUGAUAGGUGCCUUGGCCUUCGUCUUCAUAGCAACGAUCUCGACGUGGUUACCCAAUCUCUCGGCUCUUCUGGUGGCCAGGUUCCUCCUAGGCCUCCUUCAGCCUAACACAGCCAAUACGGGAUAUAUCCUUGCCGUAGAGGUCGCCGAGCCUCGCUUCCGCACCGCCCUCGGCAUCAUGCUGUUCAUCCCUUGGGCCAUCGGCGAGAUGGUCCUCGGCGGCUUGGCCUAUCUCAUCAGGGACUGGAGGACGCUGCAGCUCACCGUGUCCGUCAUCGGGGUGGUGAUGCUGCCCUUCUUCUGGUUCAUGGACGAGUCGCCUCGCUGGCUGGCCGUGAGAGGAGAUCACGACCGAGCUGUGAAGAUCCUGCAGAAGGCCGGGAAGUGGAACAAGGUGGAUCUCCCUCCUGAAAACGAGGUCAUGGCGCUCAUGAGGCAAGAACUUCCACCAACGAAAGCGAAACGCGAGGAUAGAAGUAUGAAGACAGCAGUGAAAUCCUUCUUCCAAAACGCUGCCAUUCUCUUCAGGACCCCAAAGCUCCGCCUCAUCACGAGCGUCAUGUACUUGGACUACCUCGUAUUGGCCAUGGUGUACUACGGCCUCUCCCUCAGCGGCGGCAACCUCAGCAGCGACCCCUUCGUGUACAUGGUGCUGUCGGGCCUCAUGGAGAUCCCCGCGUACACCGGCGCUUACCCCUUGGUGGCGAAGUUCGGCCGAAGGAUUCCGACGGUGAUGUGCUGCUUGGUGAGCGGGGCGGCGCUGCUCGUGCUCAGCGGGGUGCCGAAGGGCUACUCCACCGUGAUCGUGACCCUCGCUCUGGUGGGCAAAAUGGCAAUCACAGCCGCCUAUCAGAUCGCCAUUUUCUUCUCCUCCGAGCUGUUCCCGACGGAGGUGCGGAGUCGCGGAGUUGGCACCUGCUUCAUGCUCUCCAGGGUUGGCUCUAUGGCCGCCCCCUUCAUUACGGACUUCUUGGGAUCCGCAUACCCCGCGUCGCCGUCCAUAGUGUUUGGUGUGGCAUCGCUGCUGGCAGGCAUGGCGACGCUGGCACUCCCGGAGACCCUCGGCGUGGCACUGCCUGACACCAUCGCGCACCUGGAGGAGAGGAACAUCGAUGGCCCGAGCAGCUGCUGCGAGUGGCUGCGAAGACCAAGAGGGAAAGAGGAACAGCACGCGACAAAAUUAUAUUCAGAGAAGCAAGAGGCAAAAAUAUAAUAGGAAAUGAACAUUCACAUUUCUUUAUCAAGAGAAAGGAAUAUUCCGUACGAAUUUGAACCAUGUGUUGGCCAAUGCAUUGCUUAACAUGCAUAUAUGCUUAAUGAUGUAUCUACACACACAUACACACCCGUGCUCAUUUUGAUUGUGUAUAUUCAUGUGUGUGUAUAGAUAAUGAGUUACUGGGAAGUCACAUAUACAGAUAUAGAUCUAUGUAUAUUUAUACGCACAUGCUUUUAUGAAUUUUACGUCGACCCCAUAUAAAGAUGGGGAAAACAGAGUAAAAGAAGAAGACUGUAUGAAUUAUAAAUACACAAACGCGCAUGCGUACGCAUGCACACAGGCGCACGCACAUAUGUGUGUGUGCGUGUGUGUGUGUAUGUGUGUGAGUGUGUGUGUGUG